AUUCAUUCCUUUUUAGCAAUAUAAUAGAAGUGUAUAAAAACAAUAUAUACAUUCAUUUUUAUUAUUGCUCAUUCUAUUACAAUCAAUGGCUUCAUUUUUCAACAAGAUUUCCCUUAUAACUCUUGCUUUCCUAUCUUCCCUCUUGGUCCAAUGCACCCUAGGAGAGGUAACAUGUGAACAACUUAACAAGGAGGCGUGUGCAUUUGCUGUAUCAUCUAUUGGUAAGCGUUGUGUGCUAGAGAAGUAUGUGCGGAGGAGUGGUUUGGAGGCAUACAAGUGCACUACAUCCGCCAUCGACACCGAUGAGCUCAAGGACAUGGUUGAAAGCAAUCAUUGUAUUGAAGCUUGUGGCCUAGACCGUGAUACCUUGGGAAUUUCUUCCGACUCUCUUCUUGAGUCUCGUUUUACCCGAAAACUUUGCUCCCCACAGUGUUACCAAAAGUGCCCAAAUGUCAUCGAUCUCUACUUCAACCUUGCUGCUGGUGAAGGUGUAUUUCUACCCAAAUUAUGUGCGUCACAACGUGAGAAUCCAAGAAGAGGAUUGUCCGAAAUAAAGAGCUCAGGAAUAGCAGCACCUGGACCAAUGUCAGGAGUUCAAACUGCACAAUUGUUGGGUGCUCCAAUUAGUUCUCUUGAGGUGGCCGACGCUCCAAUUGGAUCUCCUAUGACUUCCAUGGAGUUAGAUGUUCUAACUCCUGCUGCUUCUCCAGCUAUGCCUCCUUCUUUCUAGAUCACAUUUAUCAGGCCACGUAUUCGAGGAAAUGUACUAUAUAUUGAAAUACAUUUAAUAAGUUUAUAUACGGAAACACAUAGAGGACAUAGUCGACAGACUAUAUAGAACUGUAAAAGUAUAUAGUGAGUGGAGUAUAUGUGUGCUUGUAAUAUUUUUGAAAGCUAGAAUUUCGUUACCUGAUUAUGUAUACUUAGGAAUAUAGAACAUACCAUGAAUAAGUUUGAUAUUAGUAAUAUAGUUUUGUUGGAUGGAUUAUUGUUGUACCAAGUCACCAUACUACUACAUGUAUACAAUCAUACGAUUAGAGAGUGCUAAAUGUGGCCUAGGAUGAGUUUAUAAUAAAAAAGUUUAUGUUAUUAA